AUGACCCGAAAGCUGAUGCAGAUCAUGGGAGGCGACGAGGGCGACAACUCGGCCGAGGUCCCCGCCGCUGUCGCCGCCGCUGCUGGCCCGGCCGUGCAGCGCGCCGCUGCGGACGAGUGGGCGGGCGUGCCGCUGGCGCGCGGCUCGCUGGGCGGGGGACGCGGCAGCGUAGGCAGCAACAUGGUCGUCACCUCAAACCUCCUGCGCCACGGCAGCGCCGGCGCGCAGCUGCUGGGCACCACCACCCGCCUGCUCGCCGACGGCGACGACGUCCCAGCGCCCGCUGCCGUCCCUGCCGCCGCCGCCGCCGCGGCCGCCGGCUCGGGCCCCGCCCUCGCGCCCUACGACGAGGGCUUCACCCAGCAUCUGCUCGCAGAUGCGACCGGCGCCUCGGGCUUCGUCCCGCGCCACAGGGCGCCUGCCGCCGCCGCCGCCGCCGCCGCCGGCCUCGACGGCGCGUCGGACCCUUCGCUGGAACUGCAGGUCGCGAUGGCGGCCGCGGCCGCCGCGGGCGGGCGCGGGGGCGAGGGGGAGGGCGCGCUGAUGGAGGACAACACCAUCGACGAGUUCGCGCCACCGCCCGAGCUGGCGGCCGCGGCGGCGGCGGCCGCGGCGCAGGGGUCGCGGGAGGCGGCGGGGGAGGGGGAGGAGGGCCCCGAGGCUGGGAUGGACGGCGGCCGCGGGGCGACGAUGCCUUUCUCUGGCGCCCCGGCCGGCGUGCUCGGAGGCGCGACGCCGCGCGGCGCGCCCCCGGCCGCCCACCUCAUCACGUUCCAAGACUUCCUGCAGAUUGUCGACAUGCAGUUCCUGGACCACAUCCGCCGCGGCACAAGCAUCAAUAUGAUGGACCUCGCGCCGGGGCCCGUCCCCUCAGACCUGGCCGACGGCCUCAGGGCGCUGUCGCUGACGGGCCCCGAGGCGGCUGUGCUGGAGGGUGCGCUCAACGAGCUGCACGGCGUGAUGCGCUCGAAGCGCGGCCAGGUGCACGCGCUGGAGGAGGAGCUGGAGGUGCACAACCCUGCCGUGUUUGCCGCGGUCCAGACCUCUCGUCGCACAGACUUGGAGGGGCUCAAGCACGCCCUCGUGCUGCGCAAGAAGUGCUGCCGCGCGCAGACCGGCUCCGGCUGGAAGCGGCUGCGCGCAGGGAUGGAGCGCGGGCUGGCGGGGCGGCUGGCGGAGCAGCAGGCGCGGCUGGAAGAGGAGCUCGCGUUCAACAACCUGCGGCGCGCGCACCAGCAGCGGGAGCUGGUGCAGGCGUUUGCCCUCGACGCGCAGCAGCGCAUGGACGCGGAGGCGGCCGAGCGUGACGCCGCGGGCGCAGCGCGCGCGCGGCUGCAGUACGCGCGCGCGCGCCUGGAGGAGCUGCGGGCGAUCAACGCGGACCGCCAGCGCCGCGCGGACUCGGUGGCGGCGGAGGCGGCGCAGCUGCAGGCUGAGCGCUCUCGCGUCGACGCGGAGCGCGCCGCGGCGCAGCAGCAGCUGGAGGGGCUGGCGUCAACAGUGACCAGCGUGCCGACGCCCGCGCGCGGCCAGCCGUCCGCCGACCGCCUGAUAGACGCCGGGGAGAGGUUUGACAUCCUCAUGGGCCUGCAGCCGUGGAGGCUCACUGCGGCAGAGGGCGGCGGCUGGCUGCUGCGCUUCCGCCUCGGCCUCACCUGCCAGCUCAGCUUCUCCGGCGAGGGCGGCAGCAUCGCAGCCAUCGCUGUGGCCGUUGACCCGCCCACAGGCAGCGUGCCUGCACUUCAGAGCAGCGUGCUGCAGCAGCUGGCGGCAACUCUGCCCAAGCAACACGAGCUCCCCGCAGCUGCGCUGCGCUGCCACAUGCCGCUGCUCGCGCUGCGCCUCGACCGCAUGGCCGCGCUCGCCGAGUGCGUCGGCCGCGCGUUUGUCACGUGGCGGCCCUUGGCCGGCGCGCGCGUCGACGCCGCGCGCGAGUCGCUGGUGCUGUCGUUCGUGGAUGCGGCGCGGGGAGUCAAGGUGGACCUGGGGCUGGGGCUGAGCGGCCUGCUAGACCCGAGGCUCAACACAGGCAUUGAGUCCAGCAUCGAGGUCGUUGUGGCGCCCGAGGGUUGGGCUGCGGCGGCCGAGGAGGCGCGGGCCUCGCUGGAGCCGGUGCUAGGGUCCUCGGCAGGCUCCGCGGCCGGCGCCGCCAAGCUGCUGGACAUGGUCUGCGAGCAUGUGUGCCGCCUGCUGCACGCUGGCUGCGGCGCAGGCGUGGGCCGGUCAGCAGCGGCUCUCGGUGCGCUGCGGGCCGGCGUCGCUGCGUGA